AAAAAAUUAAUUUUUAAAAAAGGACGAUUUUAUUGCUUGGACCAAGGAGUGGAUAUAUAAGGAGACCUGAGACUGUCCAGAGGAUGGGGGAAAUGUGGUGCUGCCAAAUACCCGGGUUUGAGGACCACCUCCUCAGUGAGCUGCGGAGACAGCAACAGUGUAGCAAGUUCUGUGACACUGUGCUCAACGCAGAAGGCGUUUCGGUGCCAGCACACAGCUGUGUUCUUUCAGCCAUGAGCCCCGACAUCUCCUCCGCCCUCUCCUCCACCUCGGCGUCUUGUGCGGGACAGCGCCACCUCUUGGAGUUUCAUUCUCUGGGCGCCUCCACCCUGCUCCACCUGGUCAGACUCCUGUACUCUGGGGAGAUGGCGGGGGAGACGGAGAGGGAAAAGCAGGAGGCCGUUUCUGCCGCGGCCAAGCUGGGCAUCUACGGGCUGGUGGAGGUGGAGGUAACAGAGGGGCGCAGCAAAAACAGAAACAAGGGUGGAGUCGGCCAGUGCGCAGAGGUGGGUGUGCAAACGGAGGCUGAGGAAAGAGAGGAGAGGCGUGAAAGUGGAAGGGACAUUCAGACUCAGACUGAAGAGCUCACGGCUUACCCUGAAGCCUCCUUGGAGAUCACUGAUGUGGUUUCUUUCCCGAGUUCAGGACUGAUGGAUUCCCAUCUCAUUUUCCCUCAUAUGGUCCCCUUCAUCUACCCUCCAGCUGAAAACCAAACCCCACAUCCUUGCACCGCUCCUCCAGCCUCCAUACAGGAAUCCCCAGCAGCAGGAAGCGCUGUUUCUGUUGUGACAUUGCCGUACACAUCUGUCCCGUACACGUCCCUCCCUUAUUUUUCCAGCCAAAUGACCCAGUGCGCCGCCGGCGACCCUCAGAAGCAGUGGGCUGGUCCUCAGGGUGCAGGUAAAGAUGCAGAUUGGGGGGACGAGCGGAUUGUGCAGUUUCAAGACGACAUCCCGGGGUUCAUCAGCUGCUUCCUGAACCCAGACCGAGAGGAGGGCGACAAUGGGGGGAGAUCGGGGAGGAGGCAAAGAGCCGGAAGAGUCGGUGCAGGCGAGAAGAGCGCCAGCAGGCCCCAGGCAAGGCCGAGAGCGAGAGGGGGCGCUCAGGUGGUGCAGGAGGUGAGGCUGGCUAAGAAGCAGAGCCCGUUCCUGCACAGGUGGGGGAGGGCGGCGGCGCGCGUGACAGGUCAGGGCGGGGGGGCUGUCGGCAGGAGGCUGGACGUGAAGAGCAGGGAGCUCCUGAAGACGGAGAGGAGCCGUCAGAGAAGAGGACGCGGCAAAGCGUGGGAGCCGAGCCCGAGUGCGGACAAGCAGCCGUGCAGCAAAGGAAGAGGAGGACGGAAAAGAUCGACACAGCAGCUCAAACGGGACCGUGUCCCCGUUCGUUCUCCUCAAAAGCCGAGAGCUACAUCAGCCGCUUCAUUUCUCACACCUGCGCAAAUCCGCCAUGUUCAACCUUCAUCUGGCUCAAGCCCGUCCCUCUGGCCUCCCCCUCCUCCCCGUUCUCCUCCCCCUCCCCCCGACCUGCUGUCCCCUGCAUCCUCCUACGAGCCCCCGGCUCCGUCCCUCCUCCACACCACCUGCCUCCCUCCCCCGGACCCUCCGCCCCGGCAGGAGCAGUCCGAGCAAAUCGAUCGACUUCUGGAGGAGGUCAUGAUGGGGCUCGACGUCGCUGCAAACGGCGAUCCGGGGGGGGCGAGGAGCAGCCGCGCCGUCGCCUCCGCUGGCAACGCGCGCGUCCAAAACGAACAGCAGCGCGACGCUGCCGGCGACCGGACGUCCGCGGAGGUCGUGGUGGUGGCGCGGAGAGCGGGCUGUUCCAGCUCCGAUAACGGCGAGGUGCCCGCUCCGCAGCAGCAGUGCGACGAAGAUAUGAGCGACAUCCUGGAGCACCUACUUCAGUUGUUUGAACAUCAGUUUGAAAGCGGCGGUGGCAGAGAAGAGAAAGAGGCGGAUGGUGCGGUCUCCACGGAGACCAGCCGGCCCCGCGCUGUCCCGAGUCAGCACGAGAAAAACAAGACGACGGCCUCUCACACCCCUCACCUGCACGACACGCAACAUCAAGUCAGAGGCUCUGAAUCGCCUGAAACGGGGGAGAGACGCCCGCAGCCGAGGAAGGGCCGUGCUGAGGAAACGCCGGGAAAAGCUGCAAACAAACAACGGAAAAAGAGAAGAGCGACACACUAUCGGUUCUCGUUGGAGAAGAGGGCGAGGACGAGGACGAGGAAGCCUCCAACUGACGCGGAGACCAAAGCCACGCGCGGCCGAGGAGACCAGCAGCUGCAGCAGAUGCCCGUGGUGAAGCUGCAGAGGAGGAUCUUGCUGCCGUCCCAAGUCACAUUGGGGGGAAACAGCUGUCGGGGUGUGGAAGGCAAGCUCCCUGUAAAAGCAAAGAUCGGUCCGUUAUCGGCGAACGGCCCUGAAAGAAACAAGAACAGAGCCCUCAGAGAAACAAAGACGUACCCAAUCAGGAGCAGGCUGAAUAAAUCGUAUCAAGUCAUGGUCAACAUGCCUGUUCUUGGUGCACCACUUCUAGACAAAGAGCAACCCUCAACGCACAAACCGGACAGACCCAAGGAGCACAGACGACAAAUGAAUUUAUCUGUAAGCGUGAGUUCAAAGCCACCAAUUCAGCUGCGAUCUGCAGAUCCCCGUGGUGCACGCGGACAGCGAGAGAAAAAUCAUGAGAGACGCGAAGAAGCGUCGAACGAGGAGGAAGGGGCCCUGGCAAGGAGGGGAAAAAAGAGGAGAGGGGAACCAAACGGGGGCGCGCACGACGACGCUGCCGUCGCCAAGACGCUUUGUUUUGAUCAAAUGACAAAGCUGAGCUGUAACAAGCAGAACAAGCUGAAACAAGCAACAGUGGCGGUAAAAGAAGCCCCGGAUGCUGAGCGCCUCCCGCUGACCAGUGAAGAAGAUUUCCAAGGAGAAAAACGAAAAGAAAAAACGGUCCUGAGUGAAAUCAAACUCACGGAAACUCAGACACGUUUGACGGAGACCAGCACUGAUGUUUGUUUAACCGGUGUAGAAGGAGACGUGGACGGUUCCGAGACUCCAACUCCUUCGCAUCCUGCAAAGGAGUCGAGUGUUGAGUCGUCAGGAACCCCCGAAGAAGACGUGGAGGUCGACGUGACUGGAAGUUCCAGUCCCGUCCCUGAUCCAGUGAACAUCAGCUGGACGGAGUCUUCAGAGGAAGACGAGGACGUGGACAUUGAAGAGCUCACUUUGUCUGAGACCUGCGUUGCUGUGACGCAAGUAAUGUCCUAAGUGUCUUUUAGUUUUAUUGCGUUCCCACCUUGACAAUCACGUGAGGGACUUUUGUUUUACUCGCCCACAUACGUUUAACGAGAGAAGAUAAUUUUGCUUUGCACAGAAGGAAUAAAACAUGCACCAUGACGCAUAAAGAGACCGUAAGGAGCAACACAUCACCACGACUGUGCAGAUAUUUAGUUUCACCUCGUUCAGCUCAGAGAACAAACUUUAAACUCUAAGGUUUUAAGGCCGAGUUAUCAGGUUGAUAACGCUCAUUUAUUAUGCAGAUAUGUUCAGCAGCGUUUGUUUUAGCUGUUAAAAACAACAGUUUAGAGUUUUACUGCAAAAGAAAAGCAUUUAGCAGUGUUUUAUUUGUUUUACAUAAGACUGCAACUACAUUAGUUGUAAGAGCCGGUCGGUGCUGUCAGCCUCUGUUCUGCCCGAACGUUCCAGGAACACACUUAUCAUCUUCAGUGUCUUCUCAGGUUGUGUUCUUUGUGGUACUUUUGGAUAUAAGAUCUGAUUUCUACAAUAAAGUUUCCUCAGUUUUCUCGAUUCUA